ACCUCGAAAAUAUUGGUAACUUCACUCGCAACGAGAUGCAAAUCGAUUUGUCUUUUGGAAUUCUCCCGAUAUGAAUGGGCUGCUGCUUUUAAAAUUCUACUUGUUGCUUUACUUUGUGGAGCCUGGAUCGUUUGAUUCGUCCACUGAAGGAUGUUUCUGUGAGGUGAGCUCUAGUACCGUUGCUGGCUUGUUUAGGUGGUGUUAGCAGUGUUAGGCGGCAAGAAGUCGACCGUCCUGCUGUUGGCAGCUGGCUUUUGUUUUCAUGGAUUUUAAUUCAGCUAGUAUUUAGUUUAAAGGUUAACCAAUGAAGCCGUAUAGGUAGAUCCGAUCUUAGGUUAUGUUUUUUGUGCUCUAGAUUGGCUCUGAUCCGCGAUUGUUGUUUUCUAAAAUAUACCCUCACGGAUUACUUGCGAUCGCUGGUGAUUUCUGGUGGGACAUGUUUAUAAGCUGAAUAUUUCUUAAAGUUUUUGAGGCCGAUUUAGCUUUCUUUCAAAUGAGCUGUAACCUGAUGCUAUUACUUCAACAUGACAGCAUUCAUUUGUCAAACCAAAUAUCCCUUUUACCCAAUAUCGACCAAUUUAAGCUUACAUUUGUAAAUUACAUAACAAUCUUGUACCUUAAAAGGAGGUUUAAAACAUUUAUAAGCUUAAUCUUGCUAGGUGAUGCGCAUUUCUUAAUUUCUUAACCUGCAUAUUUGAUUUUUUGAGCAUACUGAAAAAGUUUUUUUAACGUGAAAUUUUUAAUUUUUAUCGUGGCGUAUUACCAUUGGCGCGUUCUCGUAAUUUCCUACUGGUUGCGAGGGGCAGCUGAUAGCUUAAUAGCUUGUUCUGAUCCCUUGUUCUAGGGCUUUCAUGAACAGCUUCCUACUUUAUUCGCUUCCACUAAAUUGUAUCAGAACAUUGAAACGAACUUUGCUAGCUUUGGACUUGCUGAUUGAUAGGAAUAAUGUUUUACACAUCUAUUGUAAAAAAAAAUAUUGUUAAAAAAAGAAUUGAGGACUGUAGAGACAGCUGAUCAAAUUCAAAUGGAAUAUUGAAAGAGAAUGGUGUGAAUUUGAGAAUUUACAUGGCUGAUUUGUUCAGAGAAAGUGCAUUAAUUCUGUGGCCAAGAAAAUUAUUUCCAUGCAAGCUCCCCUCCUCCCUUUUAAUUUUUAAACUAUGUGCACUGAAUAACUGAUGAUUUAGUUUUGUAUAUAUAUUAUUUUUAGUACAUGCAGGCAGUUUGCCGUAAACCACACAUGAUGAUUAAGAGAGAACAGAAUAAUGAUAAAUCUUAACAUCAAAUGUAAUGAUUCGUUUUGAAGACUGUAGCUGUUGCACUUAUACAAUGUCUGCAAAUAGUGAAAGAGUGACCCUUUCACAAAUUCCUCUUCUUUUUUAAAUUAAUACAGUGCAGUGUAAUUUUUGGUGGUAGAUAUAUGUGCAUUUGUCAGACUUGUGUGUUCUUCAAGUUUGUUCAGUUUUGCAAAGCUUUCCAUGGCAUUUAUACGAUGUGCAUGUAUGUGCUUGUAAAGUUACAAACCAGAGUACAGUACCACCGGCUAAUGGUAUGUUUAUUAACCCACCAUAACAUUGUGUACCUAUGUGUUGUCCCAAAAGAUAUAUCUUGUACAAUGCUGAGCUCUUGGGAAAAAAACAAAAGAAAAAAAAGCGGCUUUUUCCCAACGCAAAAGGGUCCGACAUUGGAGUAUGGCUGUGGCAGGAAUUUUCAAAGUAAACUUUUUCUCAGGUAAACGCAAUAUUCACCAUAAGUUGCAAUUAUUAGAACCUUAACCAGGAUGCAAAGAAAAUCAUUUUUACAGCUUGCCAUUUAUUAGCCCAGACGUCAUUUCAACUAGCCCCAAAAGCUUUUUAAGGAGCAGAAUUGAUCUCACAGUUCUUUUGUUAUUCGAAUUCCUCAAAAAAGAUCACUUGCCCGUCGGGCAAGUUAAAAACAGAAUUUACUAGCCUGAUAGCAAAAUCCACUAGCCCCGGGCUAUCGGACACUACUUUCUUUGCACGCUGCUUAACACAAAAUGUCAACUGUGAUGUGGUCUGCUUUUUUACUUGAGAAUGGAUUUUACCUACAGCACAGAAACAGAAUAGAAUGAUGACAAUGUUGUACUGUACAUUUAGGUCAAAAUGAAAUCCAAAUAAAUAUUUUGUACAAAGCUAGUUGAAACACUUUGCCCUAAAUAGCCUUUUUGAAAUUUUGCUGACUUAAAAUGAAAAAAUGACGUUUUUCGCUCCCCCUCCCCCAUCAAACAAUGAUAUGCCAUUGUAUGAGCUACCUGCAGGAAACAACAAACAUCCUAACUUUGAAUGGGGAGGAGUGGGGGGGGGGGGGGUUGCUUUUUUUGUUCCCCUGUUUGCCAUACAUUUUUGAGGACAGUGUGUAAGUGUCAUCUCUGUAUGCUCCAUGGGAAUUGACUGUACUUAAGGCUGUGCUCUAAGGAAGUUUGAAGGGAGCCCGGUGCUCUGAAACUGUAAAAUCUUGGUUGCCCAGCAUAUGAUUUGUAUGAAAAAUAGUAAGAUUUUCUAGUCAACUGAGAGCAAAAGUUAGGCGCCAGUGGCCACCAGACUCUUCUAGAGCUCAGCCCUGGUGCUUUGUAUGAACAUGAACUUUUUAAUUGCAAAGUGGUAUUUAUACCACAAGUGAUAUUUCAAAAUUGUUAUUAUACACAAUUUCCCGAGCCGUUAGGCAAGUGAAAUUUAAGACAAUUUUGAAAUAUCACAAGUGGUAUUUAUGCGAAAUAUCACGUACAAAUCAUGCUAUUAUUUGUUUAUACUACUACCCGCAAAGGUCUUGUAAUUUUCACAUGUAGGUAUUCCAAAUUAAGCUGAAAUACCACUGCUCUAAGCCAAUCAAAUUGCAAAAAUUUCUCAUCUAGUAGUAUAAAUACUGUAAGCAGUUGAAAUAUUUAUCAGUAGUUGUUGUUAGUUGUGUUUUUAAAAUUGGUGUAAUGAGGGUCUAAACACAGUGUCUUAACAAUGUUUGUUGGUGAUCAUGGGUUGAUCGAUUCUCAGUGUCUUUGGUCUCCUGGCCCAAUUUUAUUUUUAUUUUUUUAUUGUAGUUGUCUGGAAAGCCAGAGGAAUGUUGUUGUGACGUGGAGACAGUGGAUCAGAUAAACAAGGAAAUUCAUCCAGUGAUAAGUGAGCUUGUCAAGAAAAAUUUCUUCAAGUUCUUCAGGGUAUGUGAUAUUACAUACAUAGAGGCUGCUUGUUCAAAGUGACUGAAUUACAUGUAAUUAACAAUGAUUAUGUAACAUUUCAAGCCAAAAGCCAUAGCCAUGAUCACUAAUUUGAUUCUGAUGGCUCCAAGAGGUUCCAAGGGUGCAAAGAAGGAAAAAACAACCUAUUACAAAAUGUUUGUAAAUACAGUGUACACGUACACGCAUGUACAUUUCCUUAUAAUGUAAGCCAAAAUUUAAUUGGUUAUGGCAUCUGUACUCUGACUCAGAGCUGUAAAAUGUUGAGAGCAAUAUAACUGUAUACAUGUAGAAAAUUGGAUUUUUAUUAUCCGAAAGUUUUUGGGGGAUUUCAAAUUAUCGAAGAACUUAUUAGUCAAUCCUGCUCGUCAAAACUUUAUUUUUUCCUCUUAUUCAUCACUUGCACAUCUCUCAUAAUGUACCUUAUUUCCUCCCGAAAAAUUUGCAUAAGCAUUGUUUUCAGUUUCUCUUUGGGAUGGCUGUAAUACAUUGUUCUCUGGAGAAAUGAAAAACUAAGGUUAUGCAAAAUUUUUUUUUUGGUUGGGGGGGGGGGGGCAAAUACUGUAAGGUGCACAAUGGGAGAUGUGCAAGUGGCGUAUUGGCUAUAUGUUGCAUAAAGAGCCUAGAAAUCAGCACAACAUACAGAGUACAAGGUAGAUGUACAUUGUAGUCGGUAAGGUACUAACAGUUACUGCAAGCAGAUAACUGACUAGUCUAUAGGUUGUGCAUUUGAUGCAUGAUUUUGUAGAGCAAUGUCAAACUCUGUUCCAUGCAACAGGUGUGCUUGUCAUUAUUUUCUUUAAAGUACCUCCCAAAAGUAAGUUGACAGUCACUCUCAUGUUGAUCCUUAAGACUUGAAUAUUCUUGUUUCUGGAUUCUCAAAACUUUCAAUAGUCAUGUCUCGAGUCUAGAGAAUUGAUUUUCCAGUUUCGAUAAUUGGGUUGUGUUUUGGGUGUUGAAGCAAGAGGUGACAUUAUGCAAAUGUUUGUCACAUGUUAGCAUUAAUUUUUCUAUCUCACUGCAAAUAGGUACACUUGUUUAAUAUUGUAGUCUCUUUUUUUGAGAUAUCCUGAAAAUAAUUUCAGGUCUUUGUAAGUUAUUGUUUUCAGCCUGGGCUGGUUACCUUGAGAUUCACAAAAACCCUAUAAAAUUAUAAAAUUGUAUAUAAUCAUAAUCUUACAUGUAAUUGCAGUGUAAGAUCAUUUUCAACUGUUUUUUUCUUUUUUUGUGCAAAUUAACAUUUACUUGUACGUGUUUAAUAAUAGGGUGCGUUUCUUUGGGAUGAUCCGGAUCAGCAUCACUAAUCCGAGAUCACUCGGAUCAUGGUAGAUCAAGUGAACCAAUGAAUCCUUGUACAGAAUGGAUUCAUCGGUUCAUUUGAUCUACUAUGAUCCGAGUUAUCUCGGAUCACUGAUCGUGAUGCGGAUCAUCUCAAAGGAACGCACCCAUAGAUUCACUCAGUUGUAAUUAAUUUCCAUCAAAUUUGCAGGUUAAUUUAAACAGACCAUGUCCGUUUUGGCCUGAUGAUGGAGCUUGUGCACUCAGGGACUGCUCUGUUAAUGCAUGCAAAGAGGUUAGUAUAGAUUAUAAAUACUGAAAAAUGACUUGAAGAAAAGCAGCAGAGACAUUCCAAAAUGUAACAAUCCAUGGUCUGGUCAUGAGAACAUGUCUUAUCUUUAAUAGAAACAUUGCAAAUGGGUACAAACUGGGUUACAAGCCUCCUGAAAUGGAAAAGGUCAUUUUCACCCUUGUUACCUUCAGAUUUUUUCUAUCACUCCUCUGUAAUAAGCACAAAAUUUAUUGUUCCCUCUCCUUUGAACAAAAAUUUUAUAUAAUGAGCUAAUAUAAGACUGUCACAAUUUUGUGCUUGCUGUCUCUUUUUUAUGAUCGUUUCCUCUUGCAGGGAAUACACUCCCACUGAUACCAAACAUUCGAUUGCCUGUCUGUUUUUUGUUCUCUUGAGGAGAAAAAAGAAGUGAAUAAGUUGAUCUUCUUACAAUGCUCAAUGAAUUGUUUAAUAAUUCAGUUUCCUUGAUUAGCCGCAAAAGGAUAUAAAAAUAAUACCAACUGAAACUAUUCUUGUUUUAUCAGUCCUUCUGAGUUACAAUCCCCCAUUUUUUUUCUUGUUAAUAAAUUGUUGCACUUCAAGCUUGGGUCAUAAAUGAACAGCAAAAAACUCAGUCUCAGGUCCCAGAUUUUUAGUAAGAUUAAAUAAAUAUCAAUGUGAUAUAGCUAGAAAUUUUUCCCAACAGCGCAUGCUCUCAUUGGUUAUUUCAAGGUCACAUGACAUCUAAAAAUGAUACCGUUUCUCACCAAAAUCUCUGGGCCGGAAACACUGCAAAAUUUAUGAUGUCAGGGGGUAACAGGGGUAACAGUGCACCGUUACCCGGUCUACCUGCAAAUGAUGACUGACGAUCACUGUUACAGUGAGGUUUUAAUGAAUUUCCAGCUUCAAAACUUCCUGCUACCUCUAUAUAACAAAUAACUUAACUAAUGUUAUGCGUAUCUUUUUCCCCCAUAAAACUUUAGGAGGAACUCCCAGAAGGCAUUAAAGCUGCGGUAGGUACAUGUAUCCAUUUUGAAUUGUCACUCAUGCACUUUGCCUCUAUAAUGGUAUUGAUAUAUUUUAAUUAUUAUAUAAUUAUUGUAAUUAUUACAUUUCAUGCUGUGUAACAGGACUCAAAAUACAAUCUAACGGCCAGUCAAUGGACAAUGUCUGGAUUGAUUGGGGAGUUUGCGAGUCAACCUUUUGUCUUACCGGUCAUGUUGACCAGUCACAUUCAAUCAUAUUGAAAAAGAAAAAAUAAUAAUUUUCAUGCUGCUCAGUUGUUUCAUUAUGUAGCGAGUUCCUGUGUAUUGCGAAACUUUGAUCUGAAUUCCUUAGCAAAAUGCAAUUAGAACCCUUGUUUACAGUUCGCGCAUUGAAACAGACAUCGGGAAUCAUGCACUUCCAGUCACAAAAUUAAAAAUAUCACUUUUAUUAGUUAAUUUUCUCGAUAAAUAGAAAUUUUCUUCCCUUAUAAUGGGUAGUAAACAUGGAUUGCCGGCAGAGUUUUAGGAUCAAGAUCUCACACCGUGAUACACUGUACGUACCCAGAAAUCAUUAUAAGGAGGCGCCAGAUAGAUUUUAUGUGUUCGUUAAUGAUUUGUAAGGUGUUACAGGUUCGUCUUACAGACAGUGUACCUAAAUACAUAUUUUCAUUUUGCCGCUGUAAUUUACAGUGAGUGCUUAAAAGUACUAUAAACUCCAAGCAACCAGGUUUUUUUUUAUCUAUACAGUGAAACCUGUAUUAAGCGGACACCCUCUAUUAAGUGGACAGUAGCCGAAGUCCCCAAAUUUAUUUCCCUUAUUUACUUUAAAUGAAACCUUUAUUAAGCGGACACCUCUAUUAAGCGGACACGGACACCUAAAAAGUAUCUAAAAAGGGCCAUUUAUAAUUAUUGUUGCCAACCUGUAUUAAACGGACACUUGUAAUGAAAUUCCACCACCCAACAUGCCAGACACCGGAAAUGCGAAAGAUUGCCUCGAAUUGCCACCCACAAAUUUUUCGAUUUUUACAUUAAAAAACGUGACUUGACGAACUUAUUUGAUUAGUUUCACAGUACAGGAUUAUUUUCUAUUUCGUUUUGUUUGUAUAGAGCUUGUUUCACUCAUCUGAUUUCUUCAAAUUUGAGUUGCAAUCCAUGUUUAUGGUACUAUGAUCAAUAUUGGUUCACUUUGAUAAAGAAAUUAAUGCAAACGUCUAUCGUCAUAGUUUCUGGGAGUAUUAUAAACGCUUCCACUGUUCAUUUGAAUGGCAUUUGACACCUCAUAUGACGUUAUAUAUCGAAACCUUUAUUAGGCGGACACCCUGUAUUAAGCGGACACCACAGCAUUCCCCGAGGGUGUCCGUGUAAUACAGGUUUCACUGUAUACAUAAUGUCAGGUUUUGGUUCAUGGGCUCCUGUGUUAAGAGUUUUUUAUCUUAUAAAUUUGACCGGCCAGAAAGGAUACAUGUAUGUGACCAACCUAGAAUGAAUUUGGCUGGUCAUCGUGUCCAGCUCGACUCUCUGGAAAUUAUUUCGAGCCCUAGUGUAACUACAUGUACAUGUAAACCAAAGUAUUGAUAAAGCCUUAAUCUAACUUGAAACAGGAGCGCCAGGAAGCUAAUAGGAGUGAUAAACAUAAGAACAGUGUUCAUAAGCCACAGUCAGACAGUGAGGUAAAGCUUUAAAAACGUUUUUUUUCUUUUUUUUUGUAUUUCAAAGUUGCCUUGGUGGUGGUGAUGCUCUAAUACAGUACACAGGGUGCAAAGAAAGGCAGUUUUACAGCUUGCCAUUCGGGCAAGAUGUGGCUAGCAUUUACGAACCCAAAAUUUUUAUUUCAACUAGCCCCAAAAUCUUUUUGAUAAGCAGGAUUGAUUACACAGUUCUUGAUCUGUAAUUUGAACUCCUCAAAAAACUUCACUUGCCCAUCAGGCAAGUUAAGAACUGAAUUCACUAGCCCGAUGGCAAAAUCCACUAGUCUCAGGCUAUCAGACACUACAGUACUUUCCUUGCACGCUGGUACAGCUGUAUACAGUCAGCGCUCUCUGAACAGACACCUCUAUAAGACAGACACGUGGCUAAAACAGACACUUACAAAGUAGAGUUGGUCCCUGACUCUCUAUAAGAUGGACAUCUUUCUAACAUGGACACUUGGUGCCAGCCCCAAUUAGUUAAUUCAUCUGAAGCGCAAGAUAAUGAUAAUGCUUACUGCAAAAUAAGUAAUUAAUACAAUUGGUUGUACAUUGAAGUUUUUUGUUAUGGAGAUAUUCAAUAGGGCUUAAUUUCCUGAAUAAAUUCAUUUCUACAUGCUAUAAAAUAACAUUAUAAUAAGCAUAUUAAGCUUCUAAUUAUAAUUAAUACUAAUUAAUGUGUGCAAUAAAUAUUCUAAUGUUCAAUGUAAAAUACUAUUUAUUUUAUGUAGACGGGAGUAUUUUAUAUUGACUAAUGCAGAUGUCACUGUGAAUGAUACAUUACCUGUAAAAGCUUAGACCUCAACCCAGGAAAGGGUUGUGCAAGUCAUUUUUGCCUGUACAUGUGGUGCACUGAAAUAAAAGUGCUUUCCUAACUGAGGUGUAGAUUAUUGGAUAGUUGGAAUCCAUCAAUCUUGGGAAGAUGUUAUGGCACUCAAAUGUACAUGCAGUGUUAUUGAUUUGUCCUUUAUCAUUGCAGGGCCAAAAAGGUGAAACGUGCCAGUUAUCAGACAAUGAUACUCUAGGGGAAAUUGAUAGCACUAUCAGGUACGUGAUUGUAUUUACAUACUACCAAAUUCAUUGCAUUGCACUGCACAUUUUGCAAAGUUCAAAGGGAUUUUGAGUUCUGUUCCAUCAAUCAUUUGAGUGGGGGCAGGGUUAAUGUAAAUCACAAUGCGACGCACUCGCCUAGCUUUGCCUACAAAAACAAAACUGACAUGGAACUGAAAAUGAAUCUGGACUGCUCGAGAAUUAUAGCAAAGGAAAUCAUGAUAGUGAGUGGAAUUUUUGUCAAAGGAGGGUCCUUGCCUUGUGACAACUUUAUAAUUACGCAAGUUGUGUUUGCAAAACUGUCUCGAAUUCUCCCAACCCCCCUAGUGUUUAUAUCAGGCUACACAAACAUGCAAAACAUUUUCUAUUGCUUAAUUGUAACUGGUGGCACAGCUGUAGAUGUACAUGCACACCUUAAAGCCUCUCCAGUUUGAUGCCCCCUCCCCCAAUCUCCUCUAAGGUGUGGCUCCCCUCUAAAGGUUUAAAAGUGUGACUAGUGAUCACUUUAACACUGUAAAUCUCUUAUAUACAGUAAUACAGUGAUAUGUUAUGAAUUUUUAUCUAGUGAUGAAGAUAAACAAGCAUUUGAAGCAUGGCAUGCUCAUGAUGAUGCUGAAGAAAACUUUUGUGAGCUAGAUGGUGAGCAGUGUACAAGAAGUACAUUUGUAUUUUAGCCCUUGCAUGAAGUCCCAAGAGUGGCCAACAUCAAUUUUCUCCCAACAAUAUUAAUACAUAAUGGGGAGAAAAGGUUAAGAGAUUUAAUAAAAUGAUCACCUAUCCAGGAAAAUGCUCUGACCUUUUAUCAAAUUCUCUCAACUGUGAGAAUUCGUAGGUUGAUAUUAGGAUGUUACGAAUGUUUUGUUCGUGUUUUUUUUUUUUUUUUUUUUUUCAUUUUGUAAACUAGUCUGGUGCUCUCUAAGGUCAGCUGGGCCUGGGAGCCAGGUUUAUGGAUAUUACAAGAUGUUAUUUCGUUUUGAUCAGCACAAAAAAAGCACUUCAUGGUGAGAGUUUGUAAUCUUUACCGAGAGAUUAGUAGCAUUAAAACAGUCGUGUUCUUUGUGUAACCAGCAUGGCUGAAGAUCAUAGCCAGAUUUACUGUACUUUCUGCAGAUUAGUGCGAAAGAAAUGUUGAAUCUAUGCUGAGUUUGAAUUCAAACAAAGCACAAAAUCUGGAUUUGGUGAUAAGAAUCCAGAUUUGAAUUUUCCCAAAAACAUAACACCCUAAGACUCACAGAAUAAUGUAAAAGCAAUUAUUGCAAAUUUCAGAUGAGUCAUCUUCAGGAAUGGAAUAUGUUGACCUGUUACGAAACCCUGAAAAAUUCACAGGCUAUGCAGGAUUCUCUGCUCAGAGAAUAUGGAACAGCAUUUACAAUGAAAAUUGUUUCAAGUAAGUUAUACAGUGUAUUUGUAACUUGGUUGUGUGCUGAUUAUUUAACGUGAUUUGAUUUCUUAGUUUAACGUGAUUUGACCAAAAAGAAAGUGUUUUACAGCUGCCAUUCACACCAUUACUUAGCCCUGAUUAAAAUUUCCCCAAAAGAAUUAUUGAACAGAAUGUGCAAAAUCCACUAGUUCCGGGCUAUCGGACAUCACUUUCUUUGCACGCUGGACUCUUACUACAUGUAAUUGUAUAAUUCCUUUUGUCUACUCAGACCAGCGUCUCCCUACAGCAAGAACUACGGGGUGGUUACCUCCAAGAAUGUUGGAAGUAAGUUUUUAUGUUUUGAAUGAGCAAGUAGUCGUCAUAGGGGUCAUUAUUUUCUGUGUUUGGUUUUGUCUACAGUAAAUCCAUGAGGGCCAUCAUUAAGAGCCAAGGGCGGGGAUUUCCUCCGGUUAUUUUCAUAAGAGACAGACGAAAAAGACGACCUAAUGAAGCCCCUAGAUGUUCAGCGAUUCCUCGCCUUCUUAUUGCAUAUAACCAACACUUCGUUUCUCUUUAAUUAGCGGGGUUAAUUUGGACAACGGACACUUACAUGUAUGUGAAGUACUAUCACGCAACAAUCGAGAAUCGAGUCUCGAUUCUCGCGAGGAUCGAGAAUCGAGUGUCAACUUACUUUUGAACGGUACUGUAUUACAAAGUUAGGCCUUGCAGAAGGAGAAGAGACCAGCAAAUCCUUUAAGGUUUUAUUUGUUUCGCUUGCUAAACCGCAACUGAAAAUGACAGUGAUACAAAACCAAGGAAAGUGCUCUCGCGUUUGAAACGCUGAGCAAAUCUGGUUAAUUUCAGCUCGAGACAGCGAGACGGUGCAGAUGUUCCUUCGUUCUCUAAGCCCUUUUAUUGCCAUUGCAGAGUCUUGUAUAAGGUGGCUGGACUACAAUGUAACUUUUGAGUUUGUGGACGAAAUCCUGCAGUGUGACCAUUCAAAUGAAACCUCUCUGGAAGAACUUUCACAUGAUACUAUUUGUUUGUUUGUUUGUUUUUGUUGUUGUUGUUUAAUUUUUAAGUAUUUUCCAAAAUGAAAUUUGGAAAUUUUGUUGAAUGUUGACUGCGGCCAUUUUCUGCAGCGAAUCAUUUUAUUGUUUAUAAUUUUUGUGCCUUGUUCUGUUUUGUUUUUAUCUUUAUAUUAUUUUUCCCUGGCGUUUAUUUUAACAGUUCAGCCGAACAUUUUAACAUAUCCCUUUUGUGUCCGGCUCCUUUAUACUAUAAUUUCAAGUUAAUGAUUUUAGCAGGAACGCAUACAACGAAUACCAAAACGAGUGAUUUCAAAGUUUGUCCCCUUUCCCAUUCCGAAAUACGAUAAAGAGAGCGUGCCCUAAGUAGAAACAAUUUGCUUGUAUUGACAGCAAUGUGCCUUGAGAAGCGAGUCUUUUAUCGAGUGAUAUCUGGUCUGCAUUCCAGCAUUAACAUCCACUUGUCUGCACUAUACCUUUUCAAAGGUAAGUCUAACCUAACCUACUGUAGUGUAUACUUUUUUGGGGGUGGAUGACAAGAUUGUCCUUUGUGGACGUUACAUUUCGUCUUGGGGAGGGCAGGGGGAGGGGAAGAACUUCUAUCAAACAAAUUAGGGAAUUAAGUUUGUAAUGUGCCUUAAUACAAUCAUGUACUUUACCAUUGCACUUGUUAUUAAAAGAAUGCUACAAGUUAGGUAGAAAGAACAAUGUGUAGCAAUGAAGGUCAGAUAAAACAUUUGUGCUUCUUGUUUAAAAGAGACAUUUUUGCUCUGUUAAACGUUGUUAUUUUUUCCUUCCUGAUUUCGCUCUGUCCUUCAGGAAAUGGUCUUAUGAAACCAAAAUGGGGCCCAAAUCUUAAAGAGUUCAAGCGGCGGUUUGAUCCAGGAACCACAAGUGGUGAAGGUGAGAUGCAGUACUGGGUUCUUAGUUAAUCGGCAGAUUUAGCAAAGACAACCCAACGGCAGUGACGACUGCUCGCGCAAAUAAGAAACCAGCUUGAUCAAUGGCAGAGCAGCAAAUUGGGUACUUGAAUUUUCGUUUAUUCCUUUCCACGCGCUUUCCCUUCGUCAACUGACGUUCCCGUUUCGCUGCUAAAUUACUGUAUUAUGUAUUUUUUGUACUGUUUUGUUCCUACUAAUUCAAAGUCCAUUAAUACUACCGUGACUGCUGGGACAAGCUAAGGCCACUGGGGUAGGAAGCUUAUGCAACUAAGAAGGCAAUGUUAGUGAAAAGGCCCCUUAAAAAGUUAACUCGGGUCGCGCUGUUUCAAACUUGAUGGCUUCACUUGCACUUUGUUUAAUUUGUCAAAUGCACAAGCGAUUCUUUCUGGAGUUGCAGUCUUUAUGAUCCUCUCCACUGGUUCAAAAUCGUUGUCUUAGUUUGCAUCCUCCAUAAAACUUAAAUUUAGAACAUUUCUCGUGAUCGUGCGUGACGGCAAAAAAAAAAAUCGUUCGUGCAUAUGUAUGCAUGAUUUAUAAAAAGGCAAAAGGCAAAUUCCCCAGAGAACAGCAUACAACCUAAAUUGCCGUCGUGGUCGCGUAAGCUAGCUCCUUUUUUACAAAACCGUGGUACCAGAUCUACGAAGAUGGUGUUGGAAUGUGGAAAUGUUGGUUUUUGAGGAAAAGUGGGAAAAACUUAGCUUGAGAAAACAGCCAACAGUUCGCGAAGCCACUGCUGGUUUCCCCGCGAAAUGACGUCUAAGAAACAAGCGCAGAAAUUCCAUACAGAUGACGUGUCUACCUAGAACCUGGUUAGCUAAGAAAUGGCUUCAACCAAUCACCCAGUUCUGGGUGGCGACACGUCAUCAGUAAGGAAUUUCUGCGCUCGUUCCUCAGACGUCUUUUCGGCGGGAAUGUGGCGUCGCGAAAUCUCGGCCGCUUUCUCCAACUACGGAACCAAAUGUCAACGUUGUAUCCGGCAGGUCCCACCUGGCUAAAAAAUCUCUACUUCGCUUACACUGUUGUUCUGAGAGCCAUAACCAAAGCAGCACCAUUCUGGGAACAGGAGCAGUUUUACACUGGAGACUAUGAAGAUGACUUGCAUGUGCACAAACUCGUUAAAGCUCUUUUAGCAAAAUCAAAGUAAGAGAGACAUUACUACUUAACCUAGCUUUUUUCAAAAGUAAAAACGUGUCUUCGCAUCAGUUGAAUUCCAAAAAUAGUGCUCCAGUUUUGUAAUUUAAGACAAUAUUAAGGAAUUAAUUUUCGUUUCCUGUCAUCUUUUGCUAAGGAUGGCAAGGAUGGACAUAAGGUGAACGUGGGUCGAAUUUUUUGAACGCUAUGCCUGCAAAAAUCGCCCACAAAAGUACAGUCGACUCUCUCUUAACGGACACCUCUAUAAGACGGACACCUCUGUAAAACGGACACCUAGAGGUGGUCCCUGCCUUUCUUUGCUCCCUCUAUUGACUUUCUAUAAGACGGACACCUCUCUAAGACGGACAGCUAGUGCCGGUCCCAAAGGUGUCUGUCUCAGAGAGAGUUGACUGCAUUAUGAUUAGUGCCGGGAUUUGGUGAAGCCCGUCUGAGCAAACCACGAAGUUUCGCGGUGUUAUUGCGUUUGAGGUACAAGAGUACCAAGUCGAGUUAGUCGCUAAUCUUGGCAUUUGCUUUGCUUUUUUUUUUUUUCUCAGAACUUGUCCAAGCACCUUUGAUGAGAAACUGAUGUUUAAGGACCCGACAAACUCCAAUAACCUUAAGGUACAUAUCAGCUUCUGUUGCCCUGUAGCUAACAAAGGUUUAUCAGGUAAAAAGAAGGUUAAUUCCGUUUUUACAGAGGAACUGAAUCAACUGUUAAUUAAUUAAAUUAAUCAUUUGACUUCAAUUAAUCGAUCAAAAACAUUGUUUCCAAAGGAAAAGAUAUUUUGAAAUCGCGCUCACGCAUUCAGUACUGUAGGAUUCAUUACGAAGAUUAUCGGUUUUUACACCAGGCCACAGUUGUUCGAAGGCCGAUUAGCGCUUAAAGCGGGGUUAAAUUUAACCCUGCUUUCUUUUUCUUGUGUUCAAAAGUGUUUUCUCGGACAAUUUUCUCCGUUAUUUUAAGAGCUUCCAAUCAUCAACUCGUAGAUAAAAAGAAUUAAAACUGAAAUGCUUAAAAGCUUUCAAAUCUGAAUUCAAAUCCCGCACUGAACCUGGGUUAUCUUAACCCUGCUUUGAACAACUCGGCCCUGGCCUCAGUUGUUUAAAAGGGGGAUACCGUAGAUGACCUACUAAACGCUCUCUUCCAAAUAAACGCCUCUUAUCUAAUUUUAUUAGACGUCUCUAUCUUAUAAACGCCCCCUGUAUAAUAGACGACCCCUAUGAGAAUUACUCCAAAUACAAGAAAUCAGCAAAAACCAUUAGCCAGGGUUUGCGUAUUUCGUCUUGUUCAAUGUCACGUUCAAAAUAAGGCAACUCAACCCUGAGCGAGGACUCUGACAUCGAUGUUGGGAUUUGAAAGAGCGAUAUGAAUCUCUAGACGGCCUUGACGUAUCAAUUAGUGAUGGAACAGAUAUUCUGCUAUGUUAAUACUCUCUUGAUAUUUUGCUUAAAUCAUAUUAGUUUUGUUUAACUUGUCACAGUUAUGAGAAUAAACGCCUCUCUCUUUUAAAUGCCUUCUAUCUGUUAAACACCCCCGCUUGGACCCCUGAAAUUAAAUAGACGCCCCAGUUGUUUAUUAGGUUAUUUACGGUAACGCUAUCCAUUGUAUAAAUCUCUAUCCAGUGGAUAGCGUAAGUGGUUUCCCUAAUUCUUAUCCACUGGGCAGAGAUUUAUCCGGUGGAUAGAGCUAUACGACAUUUGUAAAACCGGGGCCAAAAUAUUUGUUUUCACAAUUUCAGGAAGAAUUCAGGCUUCAUUUCAGGAACGUUUCGCGUAUCAUGGACUGUGUUGGUUGCGACAAGUGCCGUCUGUGGGGCAAACUUCAGGUAAUAACCAUACUGAGACUGCUCGCUCCCCUUUCGAGGCUCGCGCAGGAUAUUCUAAUAAAAAUAACAACAAUAGCCCAUGUUCGAUAUAUUAAAUUUUUCCAACAUGACUCUGAGGCUUUCUGGUCAUAUUCCUAUAUUUUGUUUGGUUUUCUUUGUGCUCAAGUUUCUUCUGGAAAUUGCGAGACAAUGGAGUCGUUAAAAAUUUUCAAUUUUGUUCCUAAAGCCUCGGAGUCAUGCUAGAAUUUUAAUAUAAUAAAUUAUCGAAAGUGGGCUAUUAAAAAGUAAUCGUGCGAUGCACGAUGGGAAGGGUGCGGUGGAAAGGCGGGAGCCUCUCGUCCACUCUUUUCUCUUCCCAUCGUCCCCAGCACGUUUUCUUUUUCCCCUCUCCCCAGCCUCCCCACAUCACACAGGACUCCGCUGGGGAAAGUGGUUAAUACUGAGUGAUUGCUUAAGUCAUUUUCGAGUUCCCCCGGACCUCUGUAUCAAAACGAAGUUAAGUGCUCAGCCUUUGAUAUGGAUCCGAAAUGAUUUUUAUUGCCAUGCAAGUAAAACUCAUUUUCACAAGAAAGGUUCUGCACUUGGCGUCAUUUUGAAAGUGAGGGGUUUUGGAACUCCGCAGGCAGUGCCCUAUUCACAUGACUGUUAAGAUGACUUGCCAACUCAGACUACUUGACUGAAAACCAGACAGGUGCGGAGCUGUCACUCAGGAGUGGGGGCGGGGGCGGGGGAUUCCACCGCCUACUAUGAGCAUGAUCUCCGGCUACUUAUAUGGGAAACAAAAGGAACGUCCUAAACGUUUAUUUCCCUGCCCUCCAAUUGUAUUUACCCAGCAACUUGAAAUCUUAGUGCUAACCCUGUCAGCAACAAACUAUUAUUCUUACCUGAAGGAGUAAGAAAAUACUCUAACAGGAAAUAAUUUUUAAGGACGUGUUAUGUACUGUGCUCUAGCACCCACAAGAGUUAUUGCUUUUGUAUUUGUUAAUUAAUUAAUUUACUUUUCCUCGUUCAAAGGAAAGGUGUCCGAUGAUUUAUUUCGAUGUAUCUUAUAAAAAACUCAAUCUUAGGGCUAAUCAAAGUGUACAAUUUCUACUUAUGUCCGGUUUUGUACGCAGCUGCAAAAGCACACGAAAAAUCGCAAAGCCAUUUGCGGAUUCUCAGAAUUUCGAAAAAAAACCUGAUAAACGUUUACGUAUGUUCCCAAUCUAGUAAAACUAGAAACAAUCGUGACUGACUUGAAAUAAAUACUUCUAAGAUCUGUUGCUACGUAAAUGAAACAGGCGAUCUGCCUUAUUCACAACAGGUACAAGGUCUUGGUACAGCACUAAAAAUCCUUUUCUCUGGUCACGAAUUUGACGAUGGGAAGUUUGAAAAGAGCCGCCAUUUUCAACUCAGAAGAUCGGAGAUCGUUAGUUUAUUCAACGGUUUCGGAAGGUGA